AUGUUUUCCAAUUUUGGCUCCGCAAUGUUUGGAGGAGGAGCAAUGCCGGGCUUCGGCAUGGCGGUGAGCAACAACUUUGAAGAGUAUUUCCGAUGUUACCCCAUAUCCAUGAUGCCCGACUUGAUCCGUAAAGACGACGCCAAUUUCGGGGGCAAGAUCUUCUUGCCGCCAUCGGCAUUGCAUAAAUUGACCAUGCUACAUAUCAGAUACCCCAUGCUAUUUGAAAUCAAAAACGAGCAAAAAGACGUCACCACCCAUAGCGGAGUCUUGGAAUUCGUCGCUGAGGAAGGCAGGUGCUAUAUCCCUCAAUGGAUGAUGAACACGCUCGAGCUACAGCCGGGCAGUCUAGUCAGGAUCAACAAUUGCGAUUUGCCGUUGGGGAGCUUUGUCAAGAUUGAGCCGCAGAGCGUUGAUUUCUUGGACAUUAGUGACCCCAAAGCGGUGUUGGAGAAUGUGUUGAGGAAAUUCUCGACGCUCACGGUUAACGACAUCAUCGAGGUCAAUUACAACGAUAGCACUUAUGGCAUCAAGGUGUUGGAGGUGAAACCCGAUUCUAGUUACCACGGGAUAUGUGUGGUGGAAACUGAUUUGGAGACGGAUUUUGCGCCACCUGUAGGUUACGUCGAACCGGAAUACACGCCAAAGAGCAUGACUCCUUCGGAGCGGAAUCUGAAGCCGAUAAACCCUAGCAGUGUCAAUCGCGGAGCCGGUGCUGCCACAAUGGCGCAGUCAAUCAACUACGCCCUGAUGGUUAAGGACGCGAUGAACGGCGAGUCGAGGUUUGGGGGUGCAGGAAACAAGCUUUCUGGUAAAAAAGUUGAAGAGCAACCGAAACGGAGCAUCCAGAUUGAUGAACUAGACCCCGAUGCGCCCGCGGUGCCGUUGACGCUUCCGGAUAAUCAAUUGUUUUUUGGAUUCCCCGUUACUCUCCCCACGCAGGAAGAAAUUGAAGAGGAUGCCAAGGAUCAACAGAAGCAGAAGGAGCAAGCUUUCAGCGGCUCUGGCCAGUCGCUUAGGCAGAGUAAGAAACGGAAGGACAAGAGCAUCAACCAUCCAUCGUUAAAGAAUCAUGAGAGGAGUCCCGACGUGAUUGAGAUUGAUUGA